UUAACCCCGGAGGGUAGGUGAAGCGAAUGGUAGGAGGGGGGGGAGCUGGACUUGGCCCUGAGUUUGUCUCAUAGCAACAGCAGGAGGUCAGGAGUGAACAGUCCAGGAGAAGACCUCAGGAUAGCCCUAAACCUACCCACAUAGAAAGGGCACUGCACGACACAGUCCGGCCGUGUGGAACUGAGUUGUUGUGGCCUGCCGAGGUCCAGAUUUCCUGUCCAUUCAAGGGCAUUGCUGGGGGCCGGAGAGCGAGCUAAAGAGGCCUGUGACUGAGGCCUUGGAGGGAGGGCAGGAGGGGACCACAUGGAACCACAAAGACUUGAUGAGUUUCGCUGCUGGAAAUGUGUGAGCUGACAAGUGUCAGAACUGGAUUCUAUUCCACUCCCAUGGAUCACAUUACCACAGCUCCUGGCAAGAGGGACACUAGCUUUUCUAUCAAGGACCGGAACCUGCCAUGCUCCUGUCCGCACAUCCCAAAUAUACAUCCCCCUAAAGUAUAAAUAACCCUGUCAGUCUGUGUGCAAGGGGUCACUACCUGACAAAGGCUAGGUUGACUCAGGGGUGUGGGGGAACAUUCGGUCAUUUAUAGUCAGUAAAGUACACUGUCAACGGACAUCAGACCUGCCUCCGAAGACCAGUCUAAUCAAAUCUUUUCCCCAAGUGUAAUCUAUUACUACCGCUGCAGUCAUGGGUGACUGGAACCUGCUGGGAAAGCUGCUGGAAAAGGCCCAGGAGCACUCCACGGUGGUGGGCAAGGUCUGGCUGACCGUCCUUUUCAUCUUCCGCAUCCUGGUCCUCAGUGCCGCAGCCGAGAAGGUCUGGGGUGAUGAGCAGUCAGGCUUCACCUGCGACACCAAGCAGCCCGGUUGCGAGAACGUCUGCUACGAUGUCACGUUCCCCAUCUCGCAUGUGCGCUUCUGGGUCCUGCAGAUCAUCUUCGUCUCAACGCCCAGUCUGAUCUACCUGGGCCACAUCCUCCACCUGGUAAGGAUGGAGGAGAAGCAGAAGCAGAGGGAGAAAGAGCAGGCGCAGAACACUGAGAAGCAGCAGUUCAUCAUGGAGGUUAAGAGCAGCAGGAAACCCUUCGUCAGGGAUGACAAGGGCAGAGUCCGCCUGCAGGGGGAGCUUUUGCGCACCUACGUCUUCAACAUAAUCUUCAAGACGCUGUUCGAGGUUGGCUUCAUUGUGGCGCAGUACCUUCUCUACGGCUUCCAGCUCAAGCCCCUUUACACCUGUGACCGCUCACCCUGUCCCAACACAGUGAACUGCUACAUCUCACGCCCCACAGAGAAAACCAUCUUCAUCAUCUUCAUGUUAGGAGUGGCCAGCCUGUCCUUGUUCCUUAACCUCAUUGAGAUGUACCACCUGGGCUUCACCAAGUGUCGACAGGGCCUUCGGUACCACCGCAAGCAGGUCUCCUCUGAGUUUAUCACCAAGGAGCCCAGCGAAACAGCCGUGCCUUUCGUGCCCAGCUACGACGACUACUUCCACAGUCACCACCACACGGUGCAGCCUGCUUACCCCCCGGUGCCCUCCUACAACCUCUCUCCCCUGUCAGAGGAAACAGACUCCGCCUACCAGCCGUACCACAGCAAGGCUGCCUACAAGCAGAACAAGGAUAACCUGGCGGUGGAGAGAAGCAGCAGCAAGCCAGAGGAUAUGGAUCUGAAAGGGAAAAAGGGGGGAGCAGGGAGUGUGGGGGGAUCAGCUCCAGGGUCACCCAGCAUGGCCAAGUCCAACCGUCACGCCAAACACAGCAACAACAAGACCAGAAUAGAUGAUCUGAAGAUCUGAGAAGUCUGAUGGUCUAGGGUUGCUGUCGAGGGGUCUAGUGUUGCCUCUUAAACAUUCUGGGGUGUCAAACCACAAGCAUCCCCCCCCUCCACACACACACACACACACACACACAUUGGAAAUGGUAGAGCUUUGACCCAUUCAGUCUCCAAGGGGAGUGACAGCUGUCACCAUAAUGUUGUGUGCUAAAAUGCUAUCUGUGGAAGCCAAUAGGGUUUUGCGAGGACAAUCCCUUUGGGUUUGACGUCUUGGGAUCUUAGACAUCUUAAAUCGUCCUCUAUUUUUACUGGAACUGAACUUUUGAAAUUAUAAGUGGAAUGUACUGUUUUUGUAUUUAUUCACAUUUUUGAUUAAGGUAUAUGAUGAUAUUUAUUCCAUCAGAUGGAACUUCAUGGUCAGAGAACACAGAUUUUCAAGCUCAGAUUUUCUUUGUUACUCCAUAUCAACACAAACUUUACACUUUAUGAGUUACAUACAAAAGACAUCUGAAAAAUAUUGGUUUGAACAUUUAUUAUCUUCAUUAGACACAAUUCUGUGGUACAUUUCUGUUACUUUUUUAACAUGGCAUAUUUUAAACCUCCUGGCCUAUUUACACAUCAGCAGAUCCAUCUGUUAUAACAUAUGCAGAACAUAUGCAUUAAUUUCUCAGCUAACAACAGAAAGGUAAAACAUGCCUAAAUAGUUAUAAUAUGUGAAGUAUUUCUUUCUAUUUUUUUGUCUUUCCUUGCUGUCUUAAUGUGUAAAAAUCAGAUAUCCCCAUCUAUUUGAAAACAAAUUAUUGUUCACUACUGAAUCCAGACAAGACAUUCUGAGAACCCCUGUACUCCAUAACACUUUGACAGCAACAUCCCUUUCAGGUGUCAGGGCACUCUGAUUGAGUCAGUACUGUAUGUUCACAGUUAAGGCAUGUAAAGGAGUAUGGACCAUCACUCUCUGUUAACAUGUCACUUUGUUAAUAACAAGACUGUUGUGCUUGAACAGAAAUAAACAUGUUAUGUGCAUCGCUGCCAGACUCUAUUUCACAUGCCAGUCCUUUUACGCAACAGUACCAGGAAGUGUGGAACCCCAGAGGAAAGGUAAGGUAAAUGGGCAGAAGAGGCCUUGAGUUUGAGAGGAAUGUUUAGAUGCCACAUUUGAUCUUGUGUUAUUGUAUUUUGUGACAGAAUCAAAAGUGAAAAGCUGGAACAUUUCACUUAUUGUUUUAUCAAACUGAGCUGCAACUUACUUUGUUAUCCCAUUUCUUUUUCUCCGGCCCACAGCAGGUGUCUGGUCCAGUGAGGACACACAAGUGAUAGCAGUUUGGAAGAAAGCCUGUCCUCUGGUGGUGGCACAAAGUAUAACAUCUUCACACAUCACCAGUGGUGCAGAUAUUCAC